AUGCUUCCAGAAACUCCGGGUGGCGAAGUGCAAUUUGGUUCUCUCAAAUAUUUCAUCUUGUGUGGUCUGGGUGGAAUUAUUUCAUGUGGCACAACACACACGGCAAUAGUCCCGCUGGACCUAAUCAAGUGCCGCAUUCAGGUAAAUUCGGAGAAGUACCGAGGAAUUGCUCAUGGCUUCCGCACUACAGUAAGGGAAGAAGGCCUACGUGCCUUGGCAAAAGGAUGGGCACCAACGUUUAUUGGAUAUUCACUGCAAGGACUGGGGAAAUUCGGUUUUUAUGAAAUUUUCAAAAUUAUGUACAGCAAUAUGUUGGGCGAAGUAAGUCCGUGCUUUUAUGAAUUAUCAUAUCAGUGGCGCACAAUUGUCUAUUUAGCUGCAUCCGCCUCGGCAGAAUUUCUCGCCGAUAUUUUACUCGCACCAAUGGAAGCUACAAAAGUGCGCAUCCAGACAUCACCCGGCGCUCCACCGACGCUUCGUGGGUUGUCUGUUCUGUGGAUGCGUCAGAUUCCUUACACAAUGAUGAAAUUCGCCUGUUUCGAACGUACGCUUGAAGCUUUAUAUAAAUAUGUGGUACCAAAACCUCUUGCGCAAUGCACGAAGCAGGAGCAGCUGGUGGUUACGUUCGUUGCCGGAUACAUUGCAGGCAUUUUUUGCGCAGUUGUCUCACAUCCAGCUGAUACAAUUGUAAGCAAACUUAACCAGGAUUCUGGCUCAUCCACUGGCGCAAUUGCAAGAAAACUGGGCUUCAUUGGUCUCUGGAAGGGGCUUUUCCCACGAAUUAUCAUGAUUGGAACACUCACCGCACUGCAGUGGUUUAUCUAUGAUUCGGUGAAAGUGUACUUCAGGUUACCUCGCCCACCGCCUCCAGAAAUGCCUCUUUCGUUGCGCAAGAAGCUUGAGGCCGUCGGGAAGUUCUAG